CAUGCAGCCCACAAGACCCCCUUUUGGGGGCAGUGGUCCUGUCCGCAUGCCUCAUGGUGACUAUGUAUCGGAGUCUCCACUGCAGCCACGUGGGGUUGAAGAUGCUGUUUACAGUAGGGGAAGAGCUUUGCCUUCAGCUGGCAGGAUGCAGGCAGUUCCGGAGCCAUUACAUCGGCCAGCAGGACGUGGACAGGAGUCUUCCAGUCUACCUUCCAUGUUCCGAGGACUUGGUUUUGAGACCAUUCCUAGGCCUCUUUUAGGUCCAGGAGUUUUUGGCAGAGGAAUAUGCGACAUAGUGACCAAACCUGGUAUGGUGUUACCAGCACAGCAAAGCCCACAAUCCACAGUCGGGCCAGCCGGAGACAGCAAGGUGGAGAGGACAGUUUUGGGACGUGCCAGGAUACCCGGUCGUGGGGAAACUGGAAUGUCUCCUUUGGGGCUUGGAAGAGCAGCCGUCGGGCUUGGCAGGGCCUUUCCAAACUUCUCUUUCUUGAAUUCAAGAACACUGCAGCCAGCAUCACCUUUGGAGCAGCCCAAACAAGAGAUUCCUUCAACAGUGUCUGAUGAGCAGAUGGAGAAAAGGGAACCACUAAUAAAGCUAGGCUCAAAAGGGGUAACUGUCCCAUUGGCAUUGAACUUCAUUAAAAUACGCUGUCAAAAUGAAGCUGUCUACCAGUACCAUGUGACGUUCAGCCCUGAAGUGGAGUGCAGGAACAUGCGUUUUGGGAUGUUAAAAGAACAUAAAUCUGUGACAGGGGAUGUUACUGCAUUUGAUGGCUCUAUUCUUUACUUGCCUGUCAAGUUGUCUCAAACUGAAAUUCUAAAAUGUCAAAGGAAGACGGAUGGUGGGGAAGUCACUGUAAAGAUACAGAUGACCAAAAUUUUGGAGCCAAACUCGGACUUGUGUAUUCCAUUUUAUAAUGUUGUUUUCAGAAGGGUGAUGAGGAUUUUAGAUAUGAAGCUGGUUGGAAGGAAUUUCUUUGACCCUACCAGCACUACUGUGAUGCAACAGUAUAGAUUGCAGAUAUGGCCCGGCUAUGCAACCAGUAUCCGGAGGACAGACGGAGGGCUGUUUCUGCUGGCAGAUGUUGUUCACAAAAUUAUUAGGAAUGAUUCAGUCCUGGAUUUCAUGCAUGCAAUUUACCAGCAAAGUCGAGAGAAUUUCCAGGAUGCGUGUAUGAAGCAGCUUGUUGGCAAUAUUGUCAUAACUCGAUAUAAUAACAAUACUUACCGUAUUGACGACAUUGACUGGAACAAGACACCCAAGGAUAGUUUUACCAUGUCUGAUGGCAACAAGAUCACGUUUCUAGAGUAUUACAGUAAAAACUAUGGGAUAACCAUUAGGGAAGUCGACCAGCCACUGCUGAUUCACAGACCCAGGGAAAGGAAGAAUCCUCCAGGGAAGCUACCGAAGGGUGAGAUCCUGCUGGUGCCAGAGCUGUCUUUCUUGACUGGGAUUCCUGAGAAUAUGAAGAAAGAUUUCAGAAUCAUGAAGGAGCUUAGCCAGAAGAUCAACCUGAGCCCUAAGCAGCACCACAUUGCUCUGAGCCAGCUCCUGAGCAGGAUUGAGAAGAACGAAGCGGCGCGUAAUGAACUGUCACGGUGGGGACUUUAUUUGGACAAUGACAUUUGUAAGGCUGAAGGACGUGUUCUGCCCAUGGAAAGAAUCAACGUAAAGAAGAGCUCCUUCGUCACUACAGAUGAUCUCAACUGGACCAAAGAAGUCAGUAGAGAAGCCUGCAUUUCCUCUGUUCCGCUUCAUUUCUGGGCCCUGUUUUAUCCAAAGCGAACCAUGGAGCAAGCACGUGAACUGGUAAACAUGCUGCAGAAAGUCUCUGGUCCCCUUGGUAUACCAAUAAAUCCACCUGCUUGGUCGGAAUUGAAGGAUGACCGCAUAGAUACUUAUGUCAAGGCCAUCAAAUCAUUGCUUAGUAGACAGGAUUCCAUACAGUUGGUGGUUUGCAUUAUCACAGGGUCCAGAGAUGAUUUGUAUGGAGCCAUUAAAAAACUAUGCUGUGUGCAGUCUCCGGUCCCUUCCCAGGUUAUUAAUGUCCGAACCAUCACCACCCAGCCCAGCAAACUUAGAAGCAUAGCGACAAAAAUUCUGCUGCAGAUUAACUGCAAACUGGGUGGGGAACUCUGGGGUGUGGACAUCCCUUUGAAACAACUGAUGUUGAUUGGCAUGGAUGUGUACCAUGACGCCAGCAGAGGAAAGCAGUCGGUGGUCGGAUUUGUGGCAAGCAUCAACCAGACUUUGACAAAAUGGUACUCAAGGGUUGUCUUCCAAAUACCUCAGCAGGAAAUUGUGGACAGCCUGAAGGUUUGCCUCGUGGGUGCCUUGCAGAAGUUCCAUGAGGUCAACCACAGCCUCCCUGAAAAGAUAGUGGUUUACAGAGACGGGACUUCCGAUAGCCAGCUGAAGAUGGUAGAGAACUACGAAAUCCCACAGCUGGAGAAGUGCUUUGAAAUUUUUGACAAUUAUGACCCUAAAAUGGUAGUGUUUGUGGUUCAGAAGAGAAUCAGCACCAACAUCUACUCAGCAUACAGUGACAACUUCACAACUCCUCCUCCUGGCACGGUGGUUGACCACACAGUCACCAGCCGAGACUGGGUGGAUUUCUAUUUGCUGGCUCACUCUGUCCGACAAGGCUGCGGCAUCCCCACUCAUUAUGUCUGCGUAAGAAAUACGGCUAACCUCAGUCCUGAUCAUAUGCAGAGGCUGACUUUCAAGCUCUGUCACAUGUACUGGAACUGGCCGGGAACGAUCCGAGUGCCGGCCCCCUGCAAGUACGCUCACAAGCUGGCCUUUCUCGCGGGGCAGGUUCUGCACCACGAGCCGGCGAUGGAGCUCUGCGAGAAGCUCUUCUUCUUGUAACUCGUCCAGAAGUAACAGAGUUGGCUCUGAAUCGGCUGCAAGCCAUGAGUGGUGCAGAUCCUACAUGAGAAGGAAUUUGCUUCCUCAAAAGAGCGCCUCUUUUUUUUCCCUUUUUUUCUUUUGCCUGUAUUAUGCUGUCC